AUGGCGGCUGCGCAGGUGGAGCUGGGCCUGGGCCUGGUUCUGGCGAUAUAUUUGGGCUGUCUUGUGGCGAGUGUGUAUGAUGAGGAUGUCACAGGCGGGCCCAACACGUGUAGCAUGUAUUACAUGCAUCCCUCGUAUGCGCGGAUCACGCCAGAUGCCCUCAAGGACAUUCACCCGCGCUACGAGCUGACCCGAUACACCGAUGGUCACGAACGUCGCCUAGUUCGUACUAAAAAGCCCGAAGCUGUCGUGCCCGUGUUGUUCGUGCCCGGCAAUGCGGGCGAUUACCGCCAGGUGCGCUCCUUUGGCACCGAGCUGCAAAAGCAAGCUCGCGCCAUGAAUGACACCGAAUUGGCCUUUGCCGUCUUUGCGACUGAUUUUCAAGAAGAGCUCUCAGCGCUCUCCCCGGCCAUCUUCACCCGCCAACGUCUUCUCAACUCGCUGGAGGUGCCUCACCUGCAACCCUACUCGCGUUUUUAUGGCUCGCACAUUGUAGCGCUGGUGCUGGCCCAUUCCACGGGUGGUGUGGUUGUGGCCCACUGUUUGGCUCAUGAUCGUGACCUGGCCCGCUGGGUUGCACUCCAAGUCAACCUGGGCUCGGCGCUUGAAGGACCCGUUGUUGCUUUAAGCCCCCAGCAGGCCCCGCUGUACCGCGAGCUGCAGGCCUGGCUUAUGGAUGACACACGUAGCACCGUGGUGCUCAAUGUGGGCGGUGGCCCUCGAGAUCUGCUUGUGCGAGACGAUCUGGUUUUUCCUCGAGAAGAACUCGUCGAGCAACGCGAGUUGUUUCUGGCCGUUUCCACAGCCAGCAUGCCUGACGUUGGCCGUUCCGUUGAUCAUCUGUGCUUGCUCUGGUGCCGAGAGGUUGUGACCAAAGUGGCCAAUGCCGUGGCCUCCGCACUCGCCGACACACCCAGUCCGGGUGCCAUUGACGGUACACUACGACGCAGGUUGCCGUUUGCCCACAAAUUGGAACCUCCCGAGGUCAUGGCACUCCUAGCCGACGAGGGUCUUCGCUUCACCGAUGUGGCCAUUAGUCAGCGUCGCAAGCCAAUUGCCUCCUUUGUGCUACAGGCCUCACAAUGUGCUCUGAUUGAGCUCAAGUCGGAGGGAAGCUUUGAGGGCUGCGAGCUCCAAUGGGUAUCACCAAUCACAGGACGCGGGGGUGACUUGAGUCAGCGAGAUGGCAUCGUCUGUGGCGCGCUCGACCAAAGCUUGAUCAUGGUAUCGGCCAAGUGCCGAGGUUUGCGCGAAGUCGACGUCACCGUGCAGCAUCACUUUUUGGCCACCGUGCUCUGG